AUGAAAAACAACUCACCCUUCGUUCAACGCUCUUCUUCUUUUUUAAUGCUCUUUCUAUUCCACACUUCUUCCAUUUCCAUUUCUAUUUCUGCCAUUUUCUCCUAUUCUCAGAACAAUAACACUAUUGCUUUUUGAAUUUGAUCUAUCUUGAAAGACAUAAAAUAAAUUAAAAAAAAAGGUUUCUGUUUUUUUUGGGGGAAGCUGAGGAUGCCACAUGAAUCCUCGUCCGAGCCAGACCCCGAUGAUUCUGAUGCUGAAUUCGUCGAGAUUGACCCCUCUGGUCGUUAUGGUCGGUAUAAAGAGGUUUUAGGCAGGGGUGCUUUCAAGAAAGUAUAUAGAGCAUUUGAUGAAUUGGAAGGAAUAGAAGUAGCUUGGAAUCAAGUUAAAGUGGCAGAUCUAUUGCGUAAUUCGGUGGAUUUGGAGCGUUUAUUUUCUGAAGUUCAUUUGCUGAAGACUUUGAAGCAUAAAAACAUUAUCAAGUUUUACAAUUCGUGGGUCGAUACCAAAAAUGAGAAUAUCAACUUCAUCACUGAAAUUUUCACUUCAGGCACAUUGCGGAAGUAUCGGCAGAAGCAUAAGCAUGUUGAUCUGAGAGCAUUGAAGAAAUGGUCUAAGCAGAUUUUAGAGGGACUUUUAUAUCUUCAUAGUCAUGAUCCACCAGUUAUUCACAGAGACUUAAAAUGUGACAACAUCUUUGUUAAUGGAAACCAAGGUGAGGUGAAAAUUGGUGACUUGGGUUUGGCUGCCAUUCUUCAGCAAGCUCGGUCCGCUCAUAGUGUUAUUGGUACACCGGAGUUUAUGGCACCAGAGCUUUAUGAGGAGGAAUACAAUGAGCUUGUUGACAUUUAUGCCUUUGGCAUGUGCUUGCUGGAGUUGGUGACUGUUGAGUAUCCAUACGUCGAAUGCUCCAAUGCUGCUCAAAUAUAUAAGAAAGUGACAUCAGGAAUUAAACCGGCAUCAUUAGCAAAGGUGAAAGAUCCUGCUGUUAAAGCAUUUAUAGAAAAAUGUAUUGCAAAGGUCUCUGACCGAUUGCCAGCAAAGGAACUUUUGAUGGAUCCCUUUCUUCGAUCAGAUGAGGAAAAUGUAAGUGGAGGUUACUCUUUACGACCCAAAGCCCAUUCUUCAGGUGGUAGUUCUGAUCAGCUUGAUGUUAAUGAAAGUGCCAGGGAUUCUGCUGUUGAACCAAGUAGAGAUUUCUCUGUACAAGGUCAGAGGAAAGACAUUAAUACAAUAUUUCUGAAACUAAGGAUAGCUGAUUCCACAGGUCAUUUCCGCAAUAUCCACUUCCCUUUUGAUGUUGAAGUAGAUACAGCAAUUGCAGUUGCUAGUGAAAUGGUAGAAGAGUUGGAUGUGACUGAUCAAGACGUUUCAACAAUUGCUGCUAUGAUUGAUUCAGAAAUUCGGUCCCAUAUCCCCGAUUGGGAUUCCAACAAUGUUUCACCAGAAAAUUUAGCUGCUGAGGUCUCAGAACUUUUUGUGGAAACUAAGGAUGACAAUUCACCUUUGUCAAAUGAAUCUAGUCUCUCUCCUGGUAGUCUUGUAUUAGAAAAAUUGUCUUCAGGCCGCAAGUAUUGGCGUGACUCACCCAAGGAUGUUGAUGGAAACUCUCCAAGCAAGCUUGGAUGUUCUAACUUGUCUUUUCACGGGUCUUCUUCAAGUAGUCCAAAUGAUGCUCAGUCACCUGGACAGUUGGAGGCUGGGAGCAUGUCUGAUGGUGAUGAUGGCAGUGGAAAAAAUGGAAGUCAUAGAUCUGAUAAUUUGCCUUUUGCUAAUAGAAACAGUACACCUGUCAAGAUAAUUGCUGAGAAACUCGAGAAUCUUCUGGUAAUGCAGCAACAAGAACUAGAGGAAGUAAAGAGGAAGCACAAAGUAGCCAUAUCAGACUUUCUGAAUGAAGUUUCUCCAGAAAUCUGCAUGGAAGUUCUAAGUAUAUGUAAACUGAAAAUACCUGGUUAUGAAAUGCGGUGAUGGAAUGUGCAUUUAGUGCGUGACAGUCAUGGGCUACCCUAUAGAAUUCAAGGUGUCUUGCAUUGCAAAUAUUCAGCUUGACAAUGGAUUAGUAAGUUUGUAAUUAGACGAACUCUGAAAGGCUUUCUACCAAUCACGAUGGAUCAAGACAUCUACGAGACUCAAGGAUCUUCAUUGCAGAAAGCCUGCUGCUUGACAUGACUUGAAAGACAUGAUGAUCAAGCCACAAGAGACGGAAGAGCAGAAUCAUAGCAUGAAGAUACAGGUGGUGAUCAACUCAAAAUGUGCCUGAAACAGACGCAGCACAAUAUUUAUCAUACAUUAAUCUUCUUAAUUAAGCACUGGAGAGGAGGCACGGUUCAGUAAGUCUGUAUUUUUGUAAUAUUAGCUCGCCUAAAAAUUUUCACCACGCCCCCAACUUCACACACCCACAGUUUAUCUCCAUAUUGUUUGCCCUUUCUUCAGUCUGAUAUGGGUCAUCAAGAUUUUGUUGAAUGUAUACUUGUACAUAUGUUUCAUUUGAUUGAAUUACACGUGAAGCCUUGCUGGUUCAAAAUUGUUGUUGGAGUGAUUGCAUUAACCUUAUCAAACUCAUCAAGCUUGGCAAUGCUAUGAAGGUUGUGAAUUUUACCGAGACU